AUGUUGUAAAAAAGAAUUUAUUAAUGUUUUGGUUAAAUUGUAAAGUAGCAGAUAAAAAAGACAGAAUCUUUAAAAUAGAUGUUAGAUCCAAAAUUGGAAAAGCCAAUGAUAAUGACAGAGUAAGACUAAGAUCAUAAAUAUGUCUAAGAUUAUACAAAAUCACCAACUAAAAUGGAAUUUGUAGAAGAAGACCCAUUAUCAAAUACAAUAACAGCCAAAAUAGUGAAUGAUGGUAAAGAGAUUACUUAUACAACAAAUACAAAAACAACUAUUGAAAUGAAACAUAAUCCACUCGCAUUAAAAGCAAUGACAGAAAGUUAAGUAGCAAUAGAUGAAGUAAAUGUAAUUACUAUGAAAUCUAAUGUAAUUGGAUAACAAUUCAGAUAAGCAGAUUUAGGUAGUGUUUUUGUAAUGCCAGAAAACACUAUUCAUAUUAGCGAAAUAGAUGUCAAUAAUAUACCAGCAGAUAAAGAUAUAUAAUUAGAUAGAGAAGAAAAAGUACUCUAUGCAAUUGGUACAAAAAGCAAUGAAGUUAGCUAUUCUGAAAAAUUGUCUCUUAAUAACACUGUUGUUGAAGAUGUUACCUUUCAAGAAUUCAAAGAUAAAUAUCUAUAUAAAAUUGAAUAACCUUUUGCUUAUUUAAGUAGGACUAAAGCUCUCAAAAGAUUUAUUAGAUGGUUGCCUAUUUACUUUUUAAUGUUUUGUUUUCUGGAAACUUGGUGGGAAUUACAUCAUCUUAAAAAGUAUAUUCAUAGUCUAGAGGUUUAAGAAUUAGAUCAAACACAAGAAGUCUUAAAUAAAAAACAAAUUGAAUUACUGCUCAAUGACCCCUUGUUUAAGAGACUUUGAUAUUGCUU